UCCAGUCCACUGUCCCUUGGCUAAUGUCCGGCUAAGAUCCGUCACAUAAUUACGUUCUACCUCUCAUACCGGCGCCUAAUGACCGCCUUCGUCGGUGCAUCGGCGAACCCCUCUUACAAGAGCUACUCUUACAAUAGACAUUCUUGCAAGAGCCACUCCUACAAGAGCUAUUCGCCUCUUAUUCUCGUUGGUAGUCGUUAAGCGGCGCCCCAUAACCAGGCAUCUGGACUCAUAAGCCCGCCGUCGACUCGACUCGAGGCAGUCCCCUAACUACUGGGUACUGCCUACCACUACCGCGCGUCGAAAAACGGCCAGGCACCUCCGAAUCCGCUCGGCAUCUCCGAGUGUUGUGCGCGCGCGCGGCGGCCCCCAUGGUGUACGUGGACUCGUGGGACGAGUUUGCGGAGAAGGCGGAGGUUCUCUUCCGCGCCGACCCCGCCAAGUUCCGCUAUGUGAGCAAGUACCGCCACUGCGACGGCAAGCUCGUGCUCAAAGCCACAGACGACACAGUGUGCAUCAAGUUCCGCACGGACCAGGCGCAGGACGCCAAGAAGAUGGAGCGCCUCAACAACCUGCUCUUCACCCUCAUGGCGCGCGGCCCCGAUGCCGUGGUGGAGUCGCUCUCCCUGGACCCGCAACAACUGCCCACCCACCAGCAGCAGCAGCAGCACCAGCAGCAGCAGCAGGCACGGAGAGGGAGGGGAAGGCGGCAAUAGCCACAUCACUGCGAUACCGCAGACACAACCUUCAAGGGGGACAGAAGCAGAGCUUUUUGAACUUGGGGCUUUCAUUGUACCAUAGCACGGAACUCUGCAUUCUACGUUGACUGGAAUAAUGAUGAACUAUCAAUGUGAGUAUUUUGCCAAGACUUGUUGCAACUCCGGCCCUCAACGAAUCU